AUGGGUCUUAGAGAGUUGAAAAAUAAAUUUAAGCGUAUGGAUAUUCAUCAUGACCAAACCCCCUUGUCUGCGCCUGGCAAUCAGCUGUCGCUUGCUAACGAUGAUGAUAUUUUCCAAAAACCAAUUGCUACAAAAGAACCACCACCUUUGUUCAAAAAAGUACAGCAUAAUGCAAUACCCAAAGGUUGCUCUUUGAACCAACCGAUUCAAACCAACAAUUUCUACAAUAACUUAACUUUAGAAGAUCAGACUUGUCCCAUAUGGACAAUGCCUUAUUCUUUAUGGUUUACCAAGGAGGAGAAGGAACAGGAUUUUGGUUUAGCGUUCAAUCAUACAGAAGCUCAACAGAGAGUGUUUGGACCCGAUCCUGCAUCGUCACAUGCACAGUAUUUCUUCAAUCCUCCAAGAAUCAAAUCGUUUGUUUUGAGUAGUGAGAAUUUUGGCAAUCUAAGAUUGACAUUACAUGAACAUCGAAAAAUGUCGGUUACUGCAAGAUUAGAAAAUGAUCAAGGGUGCAUAGUUAUUCCGCUAUGUAUGGGUAUGGGUUUCAUUACUGCGAUUUAUGAUCGAAUCCAGCCCAUUAUUGCAUCUCAAGUCGGAUAUCAAGAGUUUAAGCAGUGUGGACAAGUUGAUAGCUUGAAAAAAUACUCGGUGAAAUUGUUUAAUCAAGUUACAUGGUCGAUAUAUAGUGAUAUCGAGUUGAUUUUGAAAAACCCCAAUCAGAUUGUUGGUCUGUCUCCGGGAACUGUUCAGAUUGCUCGUGGUGAGUCUUGUCACUAUGACGAUACUGCUGGGUGUUAUCCAGUUAAAAUUGAUUUGAGUGGUACUGUUAAUGGAGAUAUUGGUGAAUACAGGUUUACUUAUAUUCUUAAUGGCAGAUCAAGAUCGGGGAAAACAUUGGUAUGGGCAUUACCCCACCAUCAAGAAGUGGUCAAAUCUGACUCCGCCGCCGAUUGCACAGAUUUGCAAUUAGACUCAACUACAAAAGGGGUAAUGAAGGCUUAUAAAGUAAAUGAGCUAAUUAUGCAAGAGCACGGUUUGCCAAUUGAUAUCAAAUGGGACCCAUGGACAGAAACCAUGCAUAAAGCUAAAGCCACAUGGUCUAAUGAAGCCAAGCACUUGAUUCGUCAAGCUGCAAUAGAGGAGAUGAAACAAGAUGUUGUUGGCAUGGCCAAUAUCGACUCAAUGUACACCUCGGGAAAAAUCUUGGAUAAGUUUGCUUAUGUUGCAUAUGUCUGUCAUUAUAUACUAGAGGAUGAUCAGCUAACAGGGGAGAUACUACCACGAGUGAAGCAAGCAAUCGAAAUAUUUGCUAAAAAUCAACAAAAGUUUCCCUUGGUUUUUGAUACCACUUGGAAAGGGUUGAUUUCGUCGGCAGAACCGGGAGCCGAUUUUGGAAACUCAAACUACAAUGAUCAUCAUUUCCAUUAUGGGUAUCAUAUCCAUGCCAUUUCCUUAAUUGCAAAAAUUGAUCCAGAUUGGUUACAUGCAAAUGAUAAUUUAGUAUACAAUUAUGCCAUUACAAUGUUGCGUGAUGUUGCCAGUCCUCAAGCAGAUGAGUUCUUCCCACAAUCACGUUCAUUUUGUUGGUUCCAUGGUCAUUCUUUUGCCCAUGGUAUAUUUGCGCUGGGUGAUGGUAAAGAUGAGGAGUCAUCAAGCGAAGAUUAUCAUUUCGCUUAUGCAAUGAAAUUAUUUAGCUUGGUUGCUGGUGAUGAAGCCAUGGAAAAGAGAGCAAAUUUGAUGCUUGCAAUAAUGAAGCGAUCAAUGAACAUGUACAUGCUCUAUACCGAUGAUAAUAAAAUUGAGCCCUCUCAAUUUAUCAAAAACAAAGUUGCUGGUAUUUCAUUUGAGAAUAAGAUUGAUUAUGCUACGUAUUUUGGUCGUGGCACUAUAGGAGACGAAUGGAUUCAUGGGAUUCACAUGUUACCUACAACACCCAUCUCCGGGUAUAUACGUAGUCCCAAGUUUUGCAAAGAAGAAUGGGACCAAAAAUUGGCCGGUAUAAUUGAUAGAAUUCCAGAUGGGUGGAAAGGUAUUUUAAUGUUGAAUAAGGCCUUGUUUGAUCCUAAAAGUUCUUACGAAUGGUUUGCCAGAAGAGACUGGCAGCCUGACCAAAUAGACAAUGGUAUGUCUAGAACAUGGUCAUUAGCAUAUACAUCGGCGCUCUUGUGA